AUGCUUUACAACAAGAUCGAUCGACCCUGUUCACGACAACUUAGCUCGGUCGAUCCCAUACCACAGGAGGGGGAUCGAUCGAACUCGUACACCCAUAGGCGAAUCGAUCGAUCUCAUGCGCCACGCCAUGCAGUGGUCGAUCUCAGCCGUUUGAUCUAUCUCGCACAGAUGAUAUCUCAGCCGUUCGAUCUACUUGGCGCAAACCGACUUGAUCGAACCACAGCGAACCGGAUUGAACCAAAGUCGACCCCAGAGCUAUUUAGACCUAUCUUUAGCCAUUGUUUAGGCUACGCCGUUUUCACAGUUUUACAUUGUUUUCUGAGGGAGAAGAGAUCGAACCUCUGUUAUUCACAGUUUGGAGAAGAUUUCUGA